UAACCAACCGUGACCGACCUCUCUCCCAAAGUUUGCUUGUUUGGGUACUACUGUAUGGUUUAUUGUUACGACAUCAGCUACACAACAACGUACGUAGGGCCUAGGUCUAGUACUACCGAAGCCUGGAUGUAAACGUAUAACUUGACCUAUUAUACAUUCAUAACACUAGGCCUAGGUUCACAAAAGCGCUAAAUAUUGAGCCAUUUACUUUGUAUUUUUAUAUUCAGACGACACAUGAAGAUGCCAGAUUAUUACGAAGUUCUUGGAGUGAGUAAAACAGCUACAGCAGAAGAUAUUAAGAAGGCGUAUCGCAAGUUGGCUUUAAGAUGGCAUCCUGACAAGAACCCUUCAAAUAAGGAAGAAGCUGCAAACAAAUUCAAAGAAAUAUCAGCUGCAUAUGAAGUGCUAUCUGAUGCCAAUAAAAAGAAUAUAUAUGAUCGUGGUGGCUCAGAUUUUGAUUUUGCCAAUAACUUUGAUGACUUUCCUGGACAUCACCAAGGCUUUACCUUUCACUUCAGCCGUCCAGAAGAUAUUUUCAGAGACUUUUUUGGAACAGAUGAUCCUUUUUCAGUCUUUUUCGAAUCAAACUCAUCAAGGAAUGUGGGGCAUGGAAGCUUAUUUCAGGAUGGCUUUGCGACUGCUGGGUUUGGCUCAUUUGGGGGGUUUGGUGGUGGCCCAUUCUUACCACCGUAUAUGGGGUUGAAAAGCAUUCCUCAAAAUGGCUUUUCAUCAUUCUCAAGUUCAUCAUCAUUCGGCAGUGGGAGUGGUGGAGUUCGGAGGUCAUCUACAACAUCAAUCAAAACAGUUAAUGGCAAAAGAAUUAAAACUACAAAAGUUGUGCAAGACGGAAAUGAAAUUGUCACAGUAGAAGAGAAUGGGGUUUUACAGUCUAAAAUGAUUAAUGGAGAGUUGCAAGCUUUGCAAUACUAGUCAAAUUUCUUCAGCAUUAUUUACAUAUUGACACCUAUCAUCAGUCAGUAUCAAUGAGCAUCCUUCAGCAUUAAUCAUUUGCGUAUUGAAAACUCAAUAAUGUAAGAUGUAUAGUAGGAUUUAAUGUUUAAGAUAUUAAACAUUUACGAUCCUCUAGACAGCAGCUAAAGCCUGAUAUUGUUUGGAUUACAGUAUAAGUUACUAGAGUGCACUCGUUUUAGUUAAUCUCUGCCACACCACUUUAUUAAUGUGAUUUUUUACAACAUUUUGUGACCAUGACAGUUCACCCUAAAAUUGAAUGGCUAAUUUGUAAUGUUGUACUAAAUUUUAUGAUCUAUUCAUUACUUUUUGCUAUUCCUUUUAUAAAUGUGAGAUUUCAAAUUUCCGUGACCUUGACAAUUACCCUUUUCACCCCAAAAUUUAAUCACCUCUUCCCUAGAUAAACAUUAUUUAUCACUCAACUGAAUUUUUUGAUGAUGAUCACUCAUUAGUUUUGCAUUUAAGUAGGCAUACAAACAUCAGUGACAGGGAUGGCGCUGUUCCGAUGUCCCUGACGGGGGGGGGGGGUGUGACACCCCAAUGAGAGUGUAAGUGGCCAAGGUCGGUUGUUGCUCAAAAUCUCUCUGAAACUAUGACAAUUUAGAAGUUUAUAGCUUUGUAAAGAAUUUUAGAGUCUUAUAAUAUGUGAAGAAAAAACACAUAAUUUUUUUUUUCUCUCCUCGUCCCCCCCGGAGGGCUCACUCUUAAAUAUUUCUGUACAGGGAGGUGCCGCAUUUACGGGGUAUAUUUUCAAGGACUUGGUAGCACAAGUGUGGGAAAUAUGGGUGGAGUUGCAGCAUUUAUGAAGUAUACUUGUGAGGACUUGGUAGCACAUUUGUGGGAAAUAUCCAGGGUGAAAUUGGUAGUAAAAGUUCCUGGCCUAUACUGUGUUAAAGUGCAUGAUUUUCCGCACGAUGUUAGCUGGAAUCUUAAGUUAUACUUCGUGCUAAGCUGGUAAAGCCUCUUGCUAUCCCUACAGUACCUUUGGUACAGCCACAAAAUCACGACCAGACGGAACACUUUAUGCCAUCAGGAACCAGUCAAUAUUGUGCCCUCUCUGGCACUAUUGAAUGGCCUUUUUCAUGUCAUCUUUUAGAGCACAGUGCGAUUUUGGUAACAAGUCCCUACUAAUUUUCAGUAAAAUAGGUAGCACAAGUGUCUCAUAUCUUGAAGUGGCUGCGGCACCUCCAUGUUUGGUUGGUAUGCAAGUGCUCCCCGGGCCCGUCCCCCAACGAGUUGUGUUGUUCUGUACAACAGGUUGGGCUAGCUCUCCCCAAUGGGGGAGGGGCCCUUGUCACCACUUCCCAUCCCUGAUCAAUGACUACAUGACUUCUGUGGUGGAGGUAACCAAUCAAAGAAUAACCAAUAAAAGUAAAACCACUUCUGUAUUGAUAAUGAGACUUGUGUAAAAUGUACGGAUUGACAAAUCGGGGAAAUUCAUUGGGCUAUAAAGGCGAUAAAGAUUAGUGCUAAUCCAAUUAAUUAAUAAUAUGUGCCCCGAAUCAGGAUUUGUUGAAAUGACCUCCAAAAAUCCAACACGCCAAACUUACCAGUAAAACAGCGCCUGUAGGCAUCCAUCCUCCAAUAAAUGUUCUUCAGCGUGUCAAAUGUGUGACCUUUCAAAACAGAACAGCCUCUGACCGUGCUGUCGGGGUAACCCAAAUUAUCAUUAUUAUCAUUUUUUUCUAUGGAGGCAUGCUAUCAAAAGGGAAAAAAAAGAUAAUCAAUUGCUGGAAGUGCAAUGGCCAGGCUGCCUUCCAUUACACCGAUGCUGUAGACGUUAGAGCCACAUUAAUAUUUUGCUGGGAUUGCAAUCCCAAAAUCUCUGGGUAGCACAAGUAUUAAUAUUGUUACACCGGUGGCUGAUUCAAGGUGGGUGGGGGCCAGCCGGACUGGGCCACCCCUAAAUUAAAAAAAAAAUUUUAAUAAAAUUAUUUAAGAAUUGAAGUAAAAAGGAAAAUAAUACAAAUUUAGGUUUGAGAGUGCCAUUUCUGGCCAUCUAGAGGUGCCAUAGUCAUAAAUUUACUUAUCUCAGCCCCAAGCAUGGUGGGGCUGAGGUGGUCUAAACUUUCCAUCUGUGAAAGUCCCUCACUGGGCCUCCUCUAUUUCAAAAAGCUGGAUCUGCCACUGUACUCAAUGAAUGUAGUCCUAUAAAUAAAUGAAUAAAGAAAUUGUGUAAUAAAAUGCCUCUGACUGGACUCUAACCUGCGACCUGCAACCUCUCGCUGUCAAGGUGAGCAUCAUAACCAUUAGACCACUGAGGCUUAAUGGUUGAACAGAUCCAAAUGAAUAAAGACAUUGUGUAAUCAAAUGCCCUGGGGUUUCACCCCCCUGAGAACUCCUGCUAAAGGAGUCUCUCAGAGGGUACAUAGGCCUACUUCUGACACAGGUGGGUGUUUCAUGAGUAAUAGGUCUAGAUAGAAUCUUUGUUUUGUUUUUAAAAAGCCAGGGAGAAUAUGGCUAGGUGCUAUAACUUUAACCAUUUGACUAGAGAAUAUUGUUUUCUUUCAACAUAAAAAUUGACCAAAAUUUGUGUUGUUGAAUUCAGUGGAAACCAUCCCUUUUAUCUAAAAGCUCUUGCAUCUAUAUGUAAAUACAUUAAAUUCUAAAAGCUUGUGUUUAGUGAAGAAAAUAGUUAUUAGCUGUAGUGAUACAUUCUGUAUGAUGAAAAUUGUUCACAAGUAUUUAAUUUCUUUUUUUUUAAUUGUUAAUGUACAAUAUACCUAUCUACUAAACUAACUGAUUGAAAACAAUUUUCUUGUAUAAAACCCAGCUUCAUAGAUUUCAUUUCAGUGUGUACUGUAGGAAAAGAAAAACAUUUAUUUAAUUAUUUAUUCUGAAGUUGUAUGCUGUUAAUUAUAUGUUAGUUUUGUUUUCUGGAAUGAAAUUUUUAUGCAAAGAUCGAUAUCUAGCUAAUAUUUAAGAUACUGUAAAUAUGUAAAUUACCUCAUUUAAUUAAUUAAUUAUUUUUCUUGUUUUGGUAUUUUGCUUGAGCUAGUAAUUUUUUUUGAAAUAAAUAUAUAGGUACAAGAAAUGA